AUGCUUCUUCAACGCCUCAAGCCACUUUUGGCCCUUGCCUUAGUGGCUGCAGUAGCUGGUGCGAAGACAGGUCCACUGCGUCCUGUCUGCCCCGAAGGGAGGAGGGUCAUCCAGACCCAGCCCAUCAUGAUCGUUGAUGGGUCAUCCACUUUGUAUGAGACCUUGACAAAUACUUUCAUGAUCCCAAACGAUGCUGCAUAUACCAGCAUCACUAUCUAUGGUGAUGGAAAUGCAACCAUAUUCAACAUCCCGCCUACGGGUUUCGGAGGGAUAUCGCCUGUCGUUACGGUCAUAAUCAUGACGACAAUUCCUACUGGCGCCCCAAUUGGCCUUAUAACAAGUGAACGUGAUGGCAUGACUCUGGCGCCUGUUUACACGGGCAGAACAUCAACCGCGGUCAUCGGACGACCAGAAUAUCGGUCUAGUCAUGGUCACAAAACUCAAGUUUCGGCAACACAGAUGCUUCAGUCUCUUGAGUCGCAAGGAAGCUUAAAAGCUCCUGGAGCCAAGAAUCCUCACAAUUCUCCUGUCGUCACCACUCGGAUGUCGAUGUCAUCGCCCCCUGAGGAUGCAAGUUCCACCAAUGAAUCACCGGGAACUGAUGACCUUAUCUCAUCAAAAGCAACGGGAAAGGCUUUCUCAAGUCAGCCGGCGACCACUACUAUGAGACGACUGAACACAGAUACCAUCACACCUCUGACAGCUUCCUCUGUUAUGACACAGCUGUCACCAGACUCUGUCACCAGACUCGACAGAGUCCGGGGUUCACAGUAUAAGGGGCAGUACAGAUACGACAUGGCUCACACAUAUUACUCUGGAGGAACAGGGAUUGUAUUUACUGAAUCAUCAACAAGCAUUGGUAGUGAUCUGCCAACCACUAUUUCUACCAGGCCUCCUCCCAGAGUGACCACUGGCACUGGAACUGAUGCCACCGCUGUUGUCGGUACAGAUACUUCUCGAAAUGCGCAAAGCGACACUGUGUCUUCUGUUCUAUUUGUCUUGCCAGUCUCUUUCAUCGCACCAAAGAACCACUUUCCUUUAGUCUCUCCUUGGGCACCUUCAGCCUCUAACUCCCCGACCUCUACUGCAGAGACUGCUAUGGACACGGAUAGUAGUAUCACCAUGAGCACAGAGACUUCAACGAGGGCCUCUCAAGUAAUCCCUUUGCCUUCCAUAUCAUCCGCCUUUUCAGGUUCAUCCCUCUCACCAAAUACUACCGUCUCAACCGAGAGUAGUAGUAGUACCGUAUCUAGGAUUGAGAUUUCGACUAUGGCUUUUGAAGGAAGCUCUUCGUCUUCUGAGUUACAUGCCACUUCCAGCCUCCCCCCCUCGUUGAGCACUAUUAGCGCAGCUGAAACCAAGAGUAGUACCUUCAUAAGCACAGAGACUUCAACGAUGACCUCUCAGACAAGGUCUUUGACCGCCAAACCGUUCCCCUUUUCGAGUUCAUUCCUCUUUUCGAACACCACCUAUAUCAUCAAAGGCGAUACCUCGACAAAGUAUGCUACAGAAUCUGAUACAACCACGGAACACAGUACCAUUUUCAGCACGGAGACGCGACCUCUGACCUCUGAAACAAGCAGUGCAUCUGCCUCUUCAAAUUCCUUCCAGACUUUCGGUGUUAGUAGUUCAACUUCAGUUUCUACCUCAACACUCAUACAGACCUACAUGCAGGCUUCUGAGACCACCACCGUCUCUUUGAUCUCUUUUUUCUCCGACACAACUCUCCUCUCUAUUAUCUCCGUUUCAGCUACAGGCUCUACUUCGCCUCUUCAUAGUACAGAGCCUGUUACAGAAAGCGAUCGUAGAACUUCAACUAUUACAGAGACGUCAUCUGAGUCUUCCAUGAGCUCGAUUACGUCUCUUGGAGUGCCAACAAGUCUCAAUGGCGGUACCAUGACUGCAAGUCCCAUUGGAUCUAUAUCGCCUGGAGUGAGCAAUACAGGUACUAGGAGUACUACUGUGUCUACUACAGAUAUCUUCUCAGACCCUGGACCGAGCGGCUCGGUAAUCGUUCAGCAACUUGCCCAGUCUGUCAGGGAUACAACAAGCUCUAUCUCCGGUAGUGAUGGUACUACUGUGAUUACCACAGACGCUUCCUCAGAACCUGAGCUCAGUAGUUCCUUUAUCUUUCAGCAACUUCCUCCGUAUACCUUCAGUACAACAAAGGCCAUUUUUAGUACUGAUACUACUUACGAAGCCUCUUGGCAGACAUCCUCUGAGUCUGGCUUCAUGGGAACACCAUCUACCACAUCAACUAUUACGUCAUCUUCCUCUUUGACUUCAUCAAUCCCAGAUACCCCGACAAGCAGUACUACUGAUUAUGUCUCUACCUCUCAUACCACUAUCACCGUCUCGUUACAGAAGUCAUCUCCCUUUUCAUCCUCAGCAACCUCAGAUAUCUCGACAAAUAUUGCUCCUCGUUCAUCUGCCUCCACCAACCAGCGACAAGCUGAGUCUUCUGCUUACACAGCAUUCGCUACAUCAGUUGCUGAUAGUACUACUGCUUUCUCUACGAAGAGUCCUUCCGAGCCCGGUACUACAGAAACCUCAUCAAUUACCUUAUCUGACUUCUCUGCUUCAGGUGUUGACAGUACCAGUGCGACCUCUACGCAGAGUUCGCCUAGGCCUGGCACAACAGAAGUCGCAACCCUCGCCUUACCUAUCUCUUCUACCCCCGGUACUGAGAGUACCAGUGCGAUCUCUAUGCAGGAUUUAUCUGAGACUGGUACCGCAGAAGGCUCGUCGGUUACCUUACCUGUCUCGUCUACUUCAGCAAGCGUGGACGCCUCCAUGAGCGUUAUGGACUCUUACGAUUCAAUCUCGUACACGAUCGUGACUACGACCAAAGCCGGGACUGAUAGUGUCACUACCACAGCUAUCCCAUCUGAAUCUGACUCUUUUAGUGCGGUCCUGAUCAAAUUACCGGUCACAACGUCAUCAUACGCUAUCAGCUCAUCUUCUGACGACACACCUACGGCUACAACUAUAGUUACUGUGAUGCCUGUUAUGCAUACGCCUCCUGAUGAAACCACCUCUCUCGAAAUAACAACAUCGUCCGACGGAUCUACUUCUUCUGAGGGAGCAGCUUCGUCUCCAACAUCGAUAUCCUCGGUCGAAACCAUUCUUUCAGAUGGUCCUGUAUCCUCUUAUGGAAGUAUAUCCUUAGUUGUUAUCACAUCUACAGAUAGGACAGUCACAUCUGAGUCUACAACUACAGUGUUGCCCACUAUCAGUCCAUCUUCGGGUGGCGUUGCCUCCAUUGAUGAAACAUCUACAACACUUACUACCGUAUCGCCUCAUGAAUUUACGUCACCCGAUGGGUAUACAUCUGGUGAAUCUACAACCUCUGAUAGAUAUACAUCUUCUGAUGGUCUUGCCUCCUCUGAUGGAGCAACGAUAGCUACAAUCCUUGCUACCUCAAUAUCUGAUACCUCAAUGGCUUCUGGUGGAUCGACGAUGUCCGUAGGCUUUACCUCCCCUGACGAAACAACCGUUAAUACCGCAUCGUCUGGUGAACCUAUAUCUUAUAAUGGGUUCAUAUCUUCUAAAGAAACAGCUAUAUUUACAAUCCUUACUAUCGCAUCGCCUGAUAGGUUGACGUCUUCUGAUGGACCUACUUUGACUGAUACCUCGACUGAUACCUGGAUAUCUUCUGAUGAAUCCACAUCCCUUAACGGAAUAGGUGCAGCUUUAUCAGCCGCCACCACAUCGUCCAUCAGCACUACAGUUUUCGAUGAAUCAACUACAACUGCCUUGUCGCCUGCUCUAUCUGAUCAGGAAUCGAGUACUACCUUUCAUCAGUAUGAGUUGGCCAAUAGCACCUCGUACGACAGCACAGAUACUGCUGCGCUUACUACUUCGACAACUCCAACGUCAUCCGUCCAAACAGACACUGUCACCGUCUGCGAAUCCUGUCAAUGGGCUGCGUCCACAAGUACUAUAUCACCUUCAACCACAUGGGAUACGGGCAGUAUGGUUAUCUCUCCGGCAGGUCAGUCGACUAGUCAAUCAUCUCCCGAUACAGCUACCGCCGACACAUCUACAGCAGUUACAGACACAGACAAGGACACGUCUACAUCUACUAGCUCGCUCUCGAGUUCAUCUCCUGCUGCGACGACGGGUGACACAGGCACGUCUGCAUUUACCGUUUUGCCUUCUAGUGCAGGAAACGCUGUUCUCAAUCAGCUUCCUCAAUCGACUAGUCAAUCAUCUCUUGAUACGACGACCACCGAUACAUCUGCAGCAAGCACAGACAUCUCUACGCCAAUAGAUUCGCCCUCUAGUGAGGGCACUGAUGUUGCCUACCAGGUACAUCAAUCAACUAGUCAAACAUUAUCUGAUACAACAACAAUCGAGAUAUCCACAGACGAUGUAGACACAGACACAUCUGAAUCUAUAGUUUUAACUUCUACUGAGGAUACAGAUGUUACCUAUCAGGCAGAUCAAUCGACUAGUCAAUCCUCUGGUGCCAUGACUACCGACCCAUCAACAGGCACAGGCAUUUCUACAUAUACAGAUUUACCUUCUAGUUUAGAUAACCUCUUUAUCAGUCAGACGGAUGAAUCGACUAGUCAAACAUCAUCUGAUGUAACGACAACCACAAUAUCUACAACCGACACAGACACAGACACGUAUACAUCUACAGUUUCACCUUCUCCUGUAGGUGGUGUUGUUGUUAAACAGCUGUCCCAGUGGGUGACCGUCACCUCAUACGAUGCAACAGUUUCAGCCGCGGCUACAGUCAGUUUUACUCCUUCUCUCGCAGAGCAGACGGGCACUGUUAUUGUGUAUGAGCCACAACAGUGGGUGACUGUCACGUCCUAUGGAGUUGUCCCAGCUCCAUACACCACCACCAUGCCUCAGUUCGGUCCGGUCGAAACUGUGACCGUCGUGGUCGUGGAGCCACAGUCAUACGUGACAAUCACUCGAUACGGAAGUGUCACAGCUUCGGCUUUGGCAACCGAGAGUUCUACUGCCCCCCAGAGCGUUAUGACCGUAUUUGUUGAUCUUCCUCAGUUGUAUACAACUAUCACUAGCUAUGCUUCCUUCUCUACACCCACGACUACAACUCAUUCGACUUCCCGUGAAGGAGAUGUCAUGACAGUGGAGGUGGAUCUUCCUCAGCUCUAUACAACUGUGACCAGGUAUGGCUCGAUUUCCACGCCUAGCACAACGACAUAUCCAGUCUCCAAUGCCGGAGAUGUUAUUACAGUAGUAGUUACUCUACAACAACUGUAUACUACUGUUACGAGUUAUGGUUCAUUUUCUACACCUAUGACUACAACAUAUCCGGCCUCUAGCGAAGGAGACACCAUGACCGUGGAGAUCAACCUCCCUCAACUCUAUACAACAGUUACAAGCUAUGGUACUUUCACUGCACAUGGGAUAAAAACAUACCCUGUCUCUCUCGCAGGCGACGUCAUCACUAUUGAGGUCGACCUACCGCAGUUAUACACAACAGUCACAAACUACGUUCCAGGUAUCACUGCCCCAGCGGCAACAACCCUGCCAGAAUCUGCUGCUGGUGAUGAUAUCACUGUGCUUCUCGAUCUUCCGCAGUCGUAUACAACUGUCACGUCCUAUGUCGACACUGUGACUUCACCUUUGACUGCAACAUACCAGCCCUCUAUUCCUGGCGACAGUGGUACUGUUGUAGUUGAGAUUCCCCAGGUGUACACUACAGUCAGAAGCUACCGCCCGGACAUCACCGCUCCUGAAACAACGACUUUGCCAGCAGCUACGGCAGGAGAUGUCAUAACUGUACUCCUUGAUCUUCCACAGUUUUACACGACAGUCACAACUUAUGUUGACAGCCUCACUACACCUUCAACUACUACAUAUCAACCUUCUCUUGAAUGGGACUUUGUCACUGUCAUGGUCAAGAUCCCUCAGGUAUACACCACUAUUACGAGCUAUGGCACCUUUGCUUCUCCUUUGACAACGACGUUACAGCCAUUGACUGCGGGAGACGCUUACAAAGUGUUGAUCGAUCUUCCUAUCUCAUAUUUAACUGUCACAAGCUACGGCUCCUUUACCCAGCCUACGACUACCAUUUCGGCGCCUUCUGAUGGCUUAGCUGCUGUUGUUGUUGGACAUCCUCAACGAUAUACAACCAUCACUAGCUAUGGCUCUUUUACAACUGCUGCAACUACGACACUGGCGCCCUCUGUCCCUGGCAGCGAUGCUACUGUUCUUGUUCAAGUAUCACAGUCGUAUACGACCCUGACCAGCUACGGGGAUUUCACAGGACUUUUAACCACAACACUAGACCCGUCUGGACCUGGUCCUGUGACUACUGUUGUCGUCAACGUCCCACAGCUGUAUACAACAGUGACAAGCUAUGGUCUUUUUACAGCAGAUGUAACUACAACGAUCGGACCCUCUAUGCCGGGAGCUCUUGGUAAUGUUUUUGAGCAGGUGCCGCAGUCAUACACAACUGUGACUACAUAUGGAACUUUCACCACUCUUGAGACUUCAACAUUACAAGACCCUGUACCUGGUCCUCUAGCUACUGUUAUCGUUCAGGCCCUGCAGCCAUAUACAACUGUUACGAGUUAUGAGUUCAUCUCAGCUGCUACAACUACAACCGUGCCGCUCGCGUCUCAAGACGUCGUUGCCACUGUUCUCAUCCAGCUCCCCCAGCCAUGCACUACAGUGACUAGCUAUGGAUCUUUCACUACCCCUGUAACUAGUACUGUAACACCUUCUGCACCUGGCAGCCUGGCAACUGUUGUUGUUGGACUUCCUCAGCUAUACACAACCAUCACCAGUUAUGGCUUCAUCACCUCAGCAGCAACUGCUACCUUACAACCAGCCUCACAAGGUGGUGUAGCUACGGUUGUUAUCAAAGCCCCUCUGUCUUAUACAACUUUAACGACUUACGGGGCUUUCACAACUACGGCAAUUACCACCAUGGCCCCUGACUCUCAAGACAGUGUGGCGACUGUAGUUGUUCGAGUUCCCAAGUCUUACACGACUCUAACUACUUACGGUUCCUUCACCGGUAUAGCAACUACAACCUUGGAGCCAGCCUCUCAGGGAGAUUCUGGCACCGUGGUUGUACAAGUUCCUCAGCCAUACACGACCCUAUUCAAAUACGGUUCCUACAAGACGGGGGCAACUACUACCAUGCCACCAGCUUCUCAAGGUGAUCCUGCCACUGUGAUCGUUCAAGUCGAGGCGUCGUAUACAACGGUGACGAGCUAUUCCACUGGGUUCACAGGCUCGAGCACAUCCACGGGGCCUGUACCAACAGACGGUUUACCUGCGACUGUAUGUGUUGUCCUUCCUGCCGUUGGCACUCAGGUCGCGGACCAGACAUGCGACAAUACAGGCUUGGAAUACGCCAUUUACACCCACAAUUAUUACAAUUCCGACGCUCCCAAUUAUUCAUCCUUCGAUGCUGAAUCUUUCAAGACUAGGCUACCGACUUUUACUGGUAUUACAGACCGAAUUGGCAUCGAAGAGGUUGGUGGAGGAACGUCGGGAAAUUCCUAUACUCCCCAAAGUAUUUAUCCCCUCUCACCGAUUCAGUGGUGGCAGUACAAAGCAGUCAACCAUCGAGCAUUCUUAUACGCACCCAUCAGCGGGGUAUAUUCCAUCAUAGUUCCAUACUCUGAUGAAAUCACGUUGGUCUGGUUUGGUGACAAGGCAAUGACUUCGUGGACGCGUAGUAAUGCCGAUUUGGAGCAGGGCUAUUCUUGGGGACCGUCGGCCUCCAAGACCUACAAACUUCAGCUCACAGCGGGUACUUACACCCCGUUUCGUCUCUUGUGGGCUAAUGCGCAGGGAGACUAUGGCAUGAUUGUCACUGUUACAGCGCCAGAUGGAACCGUCAUUGUUGAUGGAUCGGGGUCCAAGAAUGACUAUUUUGUUAGAUUCACUUGUGAUCAUCUCAGCCUGUCAUUCCCCAGUUUCGGAAGCGGUGGUUAG